GAGAGAUAGAGAGAUAGAUGGACUUUCCUUCUUCGUUCAAAAAAUCGUUCAAGUCUCAUGGCUCCUACAAUAGGCACUCCAGAAAAAUCUCCGCCGGAACUUCAGAAGAUGCAUUAUCUCUAGAGGAACAGCCGAUUCUCUCCGAGCAGCGCGACGAUCACCGGCAUUGCGGCGAGGUGAACGGCGCCGGCGAUGUAAACGACCGCGGGCGGGAGAUCAUUGUCAAGAUCGACGGUGUCGACGACGGGGCUGCCACACCUAGGGUUUUGAGCGAGGCGAACUACGGAUUGUGGAAAUACGAUGAAGGCACAAGCGCCAGGAAGGACAAGAUGAGCGGGGAGGCGGACGAUCCGCCGUCGAAGCUCAUCGGCGAGUUCUUGACCAAGCAGAGGAUGGCCGGCGGCGAGAAGUACCUCGACAUGGAUCUGGAUAUGAUGAACGACCUCCUCCACCACGAUCACCAAUCCCGCAAAUCGCCGCCGCUCGCUGAGAGUCCCGUUUUCAACAGAAACAGUAUCAGUUUCAACAACCGCGACCGCAACCACCGCGUUUCGACGUCGAAGGAGCUCAAGGUUUCGUUUCAGCCUCCGUCGUUCAAUAUGUCCACCACGGAGUCCGGACUUAUCCAAAGACGAUGUUACGAAGAAUCGUCCGAUGACGAUGACGACGAAGAAGAUGACGAAAAAGUUAGCCGGCGGCAGUCUCCUCGUUUUUCCGGGACCGUGGAUAACGGCGGAGGAGAGGUAUUGAGGUGCACGUCGUCGUUUCAGACGAGCAUGAUGAGGACGAAGACGAAGUCCAGAUUGAUCGACCCGCCUGAGCUGGAUCCUAGAUCCGGAAGAUUCCCGAAAUUCUCCGGUCCAUUGAGGUCCGGGAUAACCUCCGGAAUGAUAGGAAAACCGCCGGAGGAAGAAGAAGACGAUCCAUUGUUCGACGAAGACAUUCCAGAGGAAUACAAGAGAGAAAACCUAAACGCUCUGACUCUGCUCCAAUGGAUCAGUCUCAUAUUGAUCGUCGCCGCUUUAAUCUGCAGCCUCUCGAUUCAGAGAUUGAGGGAGAAGAAGGUCCGAGGCCUGGCGUGGUGGAAAUGGGAGGUUAUGAUCCUCGUCUUGAUCUGUGGCCGGUUGGUCUCGGGCUGGGGGAUCAGAAUCGUUGUCUUCUUCGUCGAGCGCAACUUCCUCCUGCGAAAACGCGUUCUGUACUUCGUUUACGGUGUGAGGAGGGCGGUCCAGAACUGCAUCUGGCUGGGCCUUGUUCUGAUCGCCUGGCACUGUCUGUUCGACGACAGGGUGGAAAAGGAAACCCACAACAACAAGUUCCUCGCCAUUGUGAACCAGAUCCUGUUCUGUUUCCUGGUCGGAUCGGUGCUGUGGCUGGUGAAAACCCUAAUGGUGAAGGUUCUAGCAUCUUCCUUCCAUGUCAGCACCUUCUUCGACCGAAUCCAGGAAUCCCUAUUCAACCAAUACGUGAUCGAAACGCUCUCCGGACCGCCUCUGGUCGACUUGCAGAACGCCAAGGAGGACCAUGAGAGGGCAAUGACGGAGAUCCAGCAUCUGCAGAACGCAGGCGCCACGCUGCCGCCGGAGCUGAGGGUGAUCAACAUGGCGCCCCCCAGAAGUCUAAGCACGAAAUUCUCCAUAGCAGCUUCGAAGAGGUUGAGCCAGGACGAGGGGAUCUCCAUUGAUAAUCUGCACAAGCUGAGUCCCAAGAAUAUAUCGGCCUGGAACAUGAAGAGACUGAUGAGGAUUGUCCGGCAUGGGGUGCUGACAACGCUGGAUGAACAGAUCCUUGAAUCAUCAAAUGAUGACUCCAACAAACAGCAGAUUAGGAGUGAAUAUGAGGCUAAAGUUGCUUCCAGGAAGAUCUUCCAUAACGUGACCAGGAAGGGCUCCAAGUUUAUAUACCUAGAUGAUGUGAUGCGAUUCAUGCAACAAGACGAGGCUUUGAGGACCAUGGCUCUCUUGGAAGGCUCUCCUGACAGUGACAAAAUCAGCAAGGCUACACUCAAGAACUGGGUGGUUAAUUCCUUUAGGGAACGGAAAGCUUUGGCCCUGACGCUGAACGAUACAAAAACAGCUGUGAACAAGCUCCACCAGAUGGUGAACGUAUUGAUCGCCAUCAUCAUAUUGAUCGUUUGCCUGCUGAUUCUGGGGAUCGCGACCAGCAAGUUUCUACUCUUCAUAAGCUCUCAGAUUGUGGUAGCUGCGUUCGUGUUCGGCAACACUUGCAAGACAAUCUUCGAGGCCAUCAUCUUCGUGUUCGUCAUGCACCCCUUCGAUGUCGGCGACCGCUGUGAGAUUGAUGGGGUUCAGAUGAUAGUGGAAGAGAUGAACAUCUUAACAACAGUUUUCCUAAGAUAUGACAACCAGAAGAUCAUCUUCCCAAACAGCACUCUCGCCACAAAGCCCAUCAGCAACUACUAUCGCAGCCCUGAUAUGGGCGAUUCUGUCGAAUUCUUCUUGCAUGUUGCCACUCCUGCCGAGAAGAUUGCCCUCAUGAAGCAAAGGAUAACAAGUUACAUCGAAAGCAAAAAAGACCACUGGUACGCCUCCCCGUUGGUGGUGCUGAUGGGCCUUGAAGACUUGAAGAUGAUCAAAAUGUCGGUCUGGAUGAGGCACCGAAUGAACCACCAAGACAUGGGGGAGAAGUGGCAGAGGAGAGCCCAAGUGGCCGAAGAGAUGGUCAAGAUUUUCAAAGAACUUGACCUGGAAUACCGGCUGCUGCCGCUUGACAUCAACAUCCGCAGCAUGCCGCCGGCCAACUCCCCGACUUCUACCCCUUCCGUCGUUGCCUUCUAGGCGCAGCACCAGUAAGGCUGCUCUUUAACUUGUUCCCCACGGUAGCCCCUUCGCACUUCUUUGCCUGAAUGACUCACUCUUAUAAGGCCCGUUUGGUUGCAUUCUUGAAUCAAAAUUUUUGGAAAAUAGUUUCUGAAGGUAGUGAAAAAAAUUUGUUGUUUUGUAAAUUGGGUGGUUUUCAGAUCAACAAUUUUUAGAAUUAUUUUUUCACCAAACGUACAUAUGCAUUGUCUCAAAGCCAGUUUUCAAAAAUGAUAACCAAACAAGGCCUUGUAACAACGUUGUUAUUGUAAUUUUGUAUAUUACACGGUUCCACCGCAGCCUCUGGGUGGGGUUUCGGUUUCCCACUUGGAGGGCUGGGCAAAAUUAGCCAUAUAUGUUAUUCACUUUACU